AUGCUAGUCUCGGCCGUGGGACCGCGCAAGCUGGUCCUUGUGGUCUUCGUCGCCGUCUGCCUGCUCUUCCUGUCCCUGCGCAGCUCCUUUGCCACAAACUACCUGGACGACCGCGUCGUCUCACUCGGGAACGCCGUCUCGAACGAGAAGUACGCCGCGGAGCCCCCGCAGGAGCACCUUUCGUCCGAGGACUCUUUGCCGGCGCAGGACGCCGUCGAGGACACUGACAAGGAAUGGCACCAGCAAUACUCUUUCCCAUCUUCGGCGGCCCUUAAGGAGAAGUCGUCGACCUCGCUCCCCGCUGCUACCGAAACAGGCGCCGCUUCGUCCUCGACACCAGCUGCGAAGCCGGGCUCUGGCAGCAGCUGGCACGUUUUCCACGAUGUCAUCAACACGAGCAAGGAAUCGGGCAUCACGCAGACCAAGAAGCUGUCGCCCGUCUCGAACAUGCGUCAGUAUCUGAACAAGAUGCUCGUCUGGAGCCGCCCCGAACCCGAUCCCUCGCAUUGGCCGGCUUACCAGGACUACGUUACUCGCGAUUACGACCCCAACAGAUGGGAGGCAUUCCCAGCUGAACGCGGCUAUUACACGCAGGGCGUCAAGUCCCUCAAGAAGGCCACGGAGCCGAAGCCGUACCUCCCGUACCCCGAAUACAAUGGCCCUGAGUGGAAGAAGCAGUGGAAGGGUGACUACGUGGCAUGCCAGGGCCCGCGUGGAAAGCCGCUCAACGAGAGUUACUUGGAUUUGGUCAAGGCUUACCCCGAGGUCUCAAGCCAGUUCCCGAAGCCCUCGACCGGCACGAUUGAAGGGCUGGGUCUAGAUGCAAACGUUUGCUUCGACCGCUAUGGCCGCUACGGCGCCUACGGAUUCGGUGCUGAUGAGUACGAUCUGCCCGAUUGGGAGCCUGUCCAAGAACAGCAGGUCAUCUGGCGCAAGGUCAACUGGGGAAAGCUGCAGAACCAGUGCGUCGAGCGCAACCACGAGCGCUUCACACCUCAAGCUCGCACCAAGGAGGUCAAUUUGCAGCCUGGUCUCGAUAUCCCGGAAGUUGAUGUCGACACGCUGAGCAACCCUGCGUACAGCACCGAGCUCACUGCUCGUGAGAUGAAGGGCGAGGUGACACAGAAGUACCACUCGCGCACUGCCAUCCUGAUCCGGACCUGGGAAGGUUACACCUACACCGACAACGAUCUUCAGGCAAUCCGUGCCAUGAUCCAGGAGACUUCUCUUUUCUCCGGCGGUGAAUUCCAGGUGUUCCUCUUCGUGAACGUCAAGGACCGCACUGUCCCCAUCUUUGACGACCCGCAGGCUUAUGAUGAUAUGCUCAAGAAGGUCGUUCCCACCGAACUUCGCAGCAUCUCUAUCCUUUGGAACGAGGAUAUCUGCCAAAAAGCGUACCCCGAGGUUACUGAUUGGCAGGUAUACUGGCACCAGUUCAUGCCUAUCCAGUGGUUCAGCAAGACGCAUCCGGAGUUCGAUUACGUCUGGAACUGGGAGACCGACGCCCGUUACACCGGCCAGCACUACCACUUCCUCUCCAAGAUCCAGGACUUUGCCAGGAACUCGCCCCGCAAGUAUCUUUGGGAGCGCAACAAGCGCUACUACAUUCCCGGUCUUCAUGGCGAUUAUGAGACCUACUUCAACGACACGAACCAGGCUGUUGAAGACGCUUGGAGCCAAGGCUCUGUUCCCAGCCCUGUUUGGGGACCGCAGCCUUACUCUCCCAUGCAGACUCCGGUGGGGCCGAUGCCGCCCCAUGAGAUGACGGCCGACGACUACGAAUGGGGUGUUGGUGAGGAGGCGGAUCUCAUCACGCUUCUUCCCAUGUUUGACCCGGUUCGCACGUACUGGUCUUACCGCGACAAGAUCUGGAACUACAUUCCUGGCCUCCACCCUGAUUUCAGCGUCGACCCGUACGACAACGCCUACACGGACCCCCGUUUCGUCACCAUUCCUCGCCGCAUCUUCAUCAACACGGUCGCACGUUUCAGCAAGCGCAUGCUUCACACGAUGCACAUUGAAAACAAGGUUGGUCGCUGUAUGCAGGCUGAGAUGUGGCCUGCGACUGUCGCACUUCAGCACGGUCUCAAGGCUGUGUAUGCGCCUCAACCCAUCUGGUUCGAUCGCGUGUGGCCACCGCACUACAUCGACGCCAUCUUCAACGCCAACUUGGACGGUGACUUCAACCCAAUCGGAUGGUCGGAGGGACCCGACUCCCCUUACAACGGUGACCGCGAACACAACUACUAUGGUUGGUCGUGGUAUUUCAGCUCCCGCUUCCCCAAGGACAUCUACAGGAGAUGGUUGGGCUGGAAGGUCAAGAUUCACGAGUGGGGUGAGCCUGAGAAGAUUGUCGGUGGCCAAGAGGAGGAGCACGGCCAGGGCGGCGAGCGCGUCAAGGUUGGUGGUAGCGACAACAGAGACUCGGAACAGCCGAUGGUAGGUGGGCGCAUGUGUCUACCUGGCAUGCUGCUGCAUCCUGUCAAGAGGAUUCAGCAGGGCGAGAUCUGA